GAUUCAGUGAACAGAUGAACUGGCAGCCUAUUUCUGAAAACCACUGAGAGGUUUGUGAGGAGAAGACCAAUUGUUGCCUUCUUUAUGGUUUAGUGGAGAAUUCACAGGGUCAGGAUUUCAUGACCCAGUGUUCAAGAUAUUAGUUCAACUUCUCCAUUUAUUUAUUCACCCAUUGGAUAAAUAUAUAUGGCACCCCUGCUAUGUGCCAGGCCUUUUUCUAGGUUUUGAGGUCGCAGAAAUGAACAAAAAUGGAAAAAGCAACCUUAUGGAGCACAUUCCAGUGGGGAAUUAAGAUAAGAUCCAUGGCAUGAACAAAUGAUCCAGAGCCCUGGCCAGAUUGACCAUCCUUGAUACCUGCUCACAGGAACCUGAAAGAGAACCAUCAGACACCCAGGGACAUCAGGAUGAGUGACAACACUACUUUGGCUCCUCCAGCUUCAAACCAGGGUCCCACCACCCCCCGCAAGGGGCCCCCCAAGUUCAAGCAGAGACAGACACGCCAAUUCAAGAGCAAACCUCCUAAGAAAGGUGUGAAAGGGUUUGGAGAUGACAUUCCAGGCAUGGAGGGGCUAGGAACAGAUAUCACGGUGAUUUGUCCCUGGGAAGCGUUUAGCCACCUGGAGUUGCAUGAGCUUGCUCAGUUUGGGAUCAUCUGAGGCACCACAGGUUCUGUCGCUCUCAACAGCAUCGGCUGUAAUUUUGAUUACUUUUGCCCUAUUGAUCUGCCGGAGUCUUGAAAUUCAGCUGUUCGGAAGUGGUUUCUUCAGCUUACACAGUCAUUUCCCCUCCAUUGCUAUGAACAGUUCUCAUAGUGUCAGAUCCUCUCUUGCCAUACAGUUCAGCUCAGAAUAGUGGAUGUAAAUUGUCUUUUAUUAGGGCAUUUCAAACUUUACCAUCUCCCCCCAUCAGCUGGUUGGAAAUCAUUGAUAGUUUUCUAGAUUUUGUUUAUUUGUUAAAUCUUUCAAAUCUAUUUGGAUUAGGCAAUCCCAAUAAUUGGUAGUAGCUUUUAAGAGAACAUUUAUGUCAUUCCCUUCCUCUUCUCAUUUAAUAAAGAAGAUACUUACCUUCAA